UUGCUCUUAAAAAUUGACAAAAUUUACAAGUCUCUGUUAAACUAGUGACGUCAUUUGUGGCUAGAUCAUUCAAAAUCAAGAAACGAACGAGAUACCGCGUUCGCUUUUAGCCAUACUAGAUUCCUUUAGGUCGUCGAUAACAACAAGCGAACCCACCCACAGAUACAACCCACUGAGUUUCUCGCCGAAUCUUCUCAGGAGGUCGCAUCCGGUGGUAGAUUCCACGAAGCACUGCUAUCGCUAGAGCCAGUGUUAGCAAAUUCUCUCAGGUCGAGCCCGUGAGCUCACCUACCGGUCCGGGCUUAGCUGGAAUACCCUUUUAGACUACUAGCAAAUAGAUUGUGAAAAAAUAUAUCAUCAUCAUCAGCCCACAAUUUUUAGGAACUAUGUCGAACUACGUCUUUAAGCCGUUUCACGAGACAUACAGGAUAAUUACGUUCACAAUGAUAGCGGCGAUGAUUUACCCGAAUCCGGCCACUGAGAAAAGAAGACUUAUAUACAUUGGGCUGAUGCUUCUGAGCGUGAUCCCGCUAGCGUUUAUGAUCGUCACGGAAAUGUACGAGUUCUUCAUGGCGAGCGACCUCAACAACACAAUACGACACAGCACGGUCAUAGGACCGUUCAUAGGAGGAUUCGUUAAGGUGGCACUAAUGUACUACAAACGAAGACAGGCCAAUGAACUAGUCUCCGAAAUAAACCGCGACCAUCUUGCUUACAACGUUCUGAAAGGAGAGGACAGAGAAAUCGCGGCGUCCAGCAUCAGAAACUGUCAGAUAUACUGCGAGUUGGGCUGGACGCUAAUAGUUAUGAGUUGCGGCCUGUCCUUCCCGGUCAUUGCGAUUCUAUUGAACAUUCACAGUUUCACUUUUAAAUUAGACUCCACGAAGCAUAUGAUACAUGAUAUAAACAAUCCCUUCACCGACGACCCGGAAGACAGAUUUGAGUCACCAUUCUUCGAGAUAAUGUUCGUUUAUACGUUUUUCUCCUCGUUCAUAUACAUCAUCAAUUACGUGGGAUACGAUGGCUUCUUUGGACUAUGCAUAAACCACGCCUGUUUGAAGAUGAAGCUGUAUUGCAGAGCGCUCGAAGACGCCAUGAGGAGUGACAGCAGGAGACACGAGAAGAUCGUUGCGGUCAUUCAAGAGCAGAGGAGGACUUAUGAGUACAUCGCAUUAAUACAGGACACGUUCAACAUAUGGCUCGGUCUCAUAUAUGUGGCUACGAUGAUACAAAUGUGCACUUGCAUGUAUCAUAUUGUCCAGAGCUUCAACAUAGACGUGAGAUACAUUAUAUUCGUGAUCUCCAUAAUCCACAUCUACCUGCCUUGUCGUUACGCAGCCAAUCUCAAAUGCAUGGCAGCCGAAACCCCUACCCUGAUCUACUGUUGCGGAUGGGAGUCCGUAUCGGACUUGAGGAUCAAGAGAAUGAUGCCAUUCAUGGUAGCACGCAGCCAAGUCAUCGUCGAGAUAACGGCUUUUAAUAUGUUCGCUUUUGACAUGGAGCUUUUCGUAUGGAUAAUGAAAACUUCAUACAGCAUGUUCACGUUGAUGAGAUCUUAGUGAAGAUUUAUUUUCAGAAGCACAUUUCAACAUUUUUUAUUAUUUAUUUAUUAUUAUUAUUAUCAGUAGACUUAUUAGAGGAACGUAAGGUUCUGUCAUGACGACAGGUGAAGGGUGCUGAUGUAAGGAAGAGAGAGGGUAAAAUGGAGUGGAGAUAUGAGAAUAGAAUGAAAUGUUCUGAGAGCACCCGCAUUACGAUGUUCACGCUGAUGUCUCUGCUGACAUCUGUGCAUUAUUCUUGUUGCUCGAAUGUAGUUUGUUUAAUAAAAAAUAAUGAAGAAUAUUAUCGCGUUUUAAUAUCACGCUGUAUACGGAAUCCGGUAGUGAGCCAGCAAUGGAACGCAAAUAUUUUAUACCCUUGUUGACCUUCCGCGCCUGAGUUCAUUUGUACCGGAGUGCCGGCGGUGAGUAUAAUCGU